GAACUAGGAGUCUAGGAAAUAUCACAAAUCAUCGGGCAAAUUGAUCACAAACCAUCUAAGAAACUAACAGAAAAAAAGAGUUCCUCAACCAGUUCGUUCGCCAAAAUUUGCUCUAAAAUACAUCUUUUUGUACAUCUUUUAGUUCCUCAACCAUCUUUUAGUUCAAACAUGGUAGGAUGUGUAGAAUGUGGGACGAGAAGAAAUCCAUGCCGAUGCAGGGUAUUCGGACCAACACUCGGGUGCGUGGCGUUUUGCGUCGCAGCAGUGGUAGAAUGGCCGAUCGGAGCCGUGGUGUAUAUCUUUAAACACAUGAAAGGAAAACGGAUCAUGGGUCAUCCUGCUCGUGUUGUUUAUCCCAAAGUUUCCAAUUGCAUGCCUAUCUAAGAUUCUAAAUCAAUAGUAUGAGAUUGAUCUUCAGCAUCAAUCUCUUAUUGAUCUUCCUUUUAUGUUGACCUCAUUUCUGUAUGACUGUAUACCAGACUAUACUGUGUAUCUUUUUUUGAGCUUUCCUUUGUGCUAAUGUAAUAAAUAUUUUCUCCAGUAAAUUUUUGUUCC